GUUACAGACCAAUUUCCUUUUAUACCAAAUUUGACUCAGUUUCUUAAAAAGGCUUCUGUGAAAUGCAGAAUAGAUAUGGUUUUGUGAUCGAGAGGGUAACGACCAACGAUAAUAUUUGGAUCAAAGGUCAGACGUGUUUGUCCUUGCUGUUCAGAAAACUGUCGUCUUGACCGCGGUUUAUUCAUGAAUAAAGUCUGCUUGGGGACGCAGUUUGCUGCAGAAUGCCUUAACAAUAUGGUAUUUUGUGGCUUGCACGCCCCAGCGCUCGAAGCAUUAAACGCGCCACCUGUCAAGAGUCAAGUGAAGGAAUGCCGGUAUCCGCCAUCUGGGCAUGCGCUGAUGAAUGAGUUCGUCAACCUACCAAAACAGAAGGUCGCGAAAUUCUUUUGGAGGAAGAACUCUGCCUUGGAAACUUGUUGUAUUUGAAUACAAUGCUCGAUGUUAUCGAACAAUUGGUGUAAUGGUGAUUUGAUUUCGAUUCCUGACCAGACAUGCACGGAAAGAAUCCAUGUUUUAUAGUAAUAGCACUUUGUUUUUUAAAUGCUCACUUGGAAAUUUGCCAAGCAAGAGUGAGUAAAAAAGAAGCAUCGAAGAAAAAAUUGUGCUUUACCGUUAUUGGAGAUAUUGGUGGAGUCCCACAUUAUCCUUAUUCGACAUGGAAUCAAAGAAAAGUUGCAGACGAAAUGGCGAAGAUCAUGUCUAAAAAGGACUGCAGAUUUAUUGUGGCACUUGGUGACAACUUUUAUAACUCUGGAGUAAAGGAUGUUCAUGAUAAAAGAUUUAGUCAGACAUUUGAAAAAGUAUAUACAAAGAAGUUUCAUUAUGUUCCAUGGUACUUUGUUGCAGGAAACCAUGAUCACUACUCCAAUGUAUCUGCACAAAUAGCUUAUUCCAAAGUUUCUCCUAGGUGGCAGUUUCCACAUUUUUUCCAUUCCAAAGUUCACAAGAUUCCUGGUACUGACAAAUCAGUUCACGCAAUCUUCAUUGACACAACAUUAUUGUCACAUAUAUGUGAAAAGAAUAGACGAGAUAAUGAGCCACUUGUUCAUGGACAGUUACAGUGGAUCACCAAUGAACUAAAAAAAUCAAAGUCAGAUUAUCUAAUAGUAGCCGGCCACCAUCCAAUUCUGUCAGCUGGUGCACAUGGCAACAGUCCAUGCUUGAUGACUAAACUGAAACCCCUGUUAGAGAAGUAUGAUGUCACAGCAUACUUUAGUGGUCAUGACCACAAUUUACAACAUAUAAGCGACCCAAAGUCAAAUGUGGCUUACUUCGUAAGUGGUAGUGGCAAUUUUUAUAAUGGAUGGCAUUCAAAUGCUAGGAAACUUCCAAAAGGCUCUCUGAGGUUCUUCCAAGGACUCAGUGGUGGUUUUGCACUUAUGGAUCUUAGUGACAAAGACGGUGAACUGACUUUUAUUGACAGCGACGGGAAACACUUAUAUAACACGAAAAUCAAACGUAGAGACCGACAAACCGAUAAACGAGAGGCACAUAACGAAAAAACUGAUUUACUUAAAAACUUUUUUCUUCAUAACAAACAGACUGACGUUGUUAGUGAGUUUUGGAAAUGGUUCAAACCUAUAAGAUUAAGGCGUUAAUAGAUCUUUAGGCUUUUGUAUUGGUAUGUGUAUUAGGUAUGAGCUGAUAGGCUUUUAGUGCUGUUGAAAUAGUUGAUUCAAGUCGAAACAGAUUGAGCCGUUGGCGAAGAAGACGUUGUUACCGCAUGUCUUAGUGAUAUUGUGUUAUGGGCCAAGAGACACAAACAGGGAAAUUGGGAACAUUAAAAGAACCCAGUGAAAGCAAAGUGAGCAGAUUCAGAUAGCAACCUGUCAAAAAGGUUGUUGUGAGUAAAGCUUCCUUUCGUGUUUUAAUCAAGAGCAAGAAUUGUGGUAUAAAUAGCGCCAGAGACGCAUUAGCUCAUAAAAAUAUUUGUUUCCCGAGAAAUAUUUUAUGGCUAAACUAGAUCAUAAACAGGCAAGGUGGCGGCAGGAUUGUUGAAAAGAUUUGUAGCAUAUUCGACAUUUAUGUCAUUUUCAUGCCAUUCUGUUGGUCGCUGCCUCUUUGACUCAAUUACGACCAUGCUGUUCCAUUGUUGGUGCUCCUUUGGCCAGGUAUACGCAUUCCAAAUCUCUUCUGGAUCUUCUUCUAAGACAGAUUUUGAUUCUUGCGCGAAUUUUUGAUGCUCAUGCAUGCAAUAAAUGUUGCACCAGGCUUUAAAUUGACUGAUCUUCACAAAUAGAAGACUCCAAGCUGAAGAGGAUCCGUUUUUAUUGCUGUUUGACGCUUAUUUUCUUGUUGUGAACACAAAAUCAUACAAAAUCCAAUGGACUUGGAAAGCUCACCACGUGCUUCAUAAAUGUUUGUCUAUCAGUCAAAAUGUAUUAUUUAUGCGAUUCCUGAGGGCGAACAUGCACGAUCACAAUAAUACAUUGUUUCUGGUAAAGAUUUUGUCCAGCAAACAUGGCCUUCAUCACCUCAAAACAUUGGCACAGCUUACUGCCAUCUAAUGAAACGUACUGCAUUCAAGCAGCAGAGAGUUGUUCUGUUCUGAUUCAUGUAUAAAAGAGUUCUGAAAUGACGGGCUUCCUUACCCUGAAACACACAUUCAGCACACAUCUGUGUUAUUCGCUAUGAUGACAAGAAUAGACAGAAACAGCCAAUAAGAUAUACCUAUAAAAUACCUUAAUCGUGUUGGAUAGAAAAAUGAAAUGGAUUCAGCACUAAUUUUGAAUACAGACACGUGAUGUAGCUUAACAUUGUUCAUCUUGUGCAUUUGAGACAGAGAAUAUUUCAACUUGAUGGAAAGAUUCUUAUAAAGCAACUGAAGUUUA